UCCAAGAUAGACAAUUUUUUUGUACCACGCACUACUCCUGGCGCACAACCCUCGCUUGAGAGCAUGUCUUGGAACAAGGAGGUCCAUGAUGCAGGAAGAAAAGCAAUUUGCAAGUUUUGGUACUUCUGCAACAUUCCAUUUAUUGCAGCCAGGUCUCCUUAUUGGCAAGGCAUGAUUGAUGCAGUAACCGUUUGUGGGCCGGGGUUUAAAGCCCCUAGUGAUACUGAGUUGAGUGGCCCUCUCUUGUUGGAAAUGGUGGAAGAUAUGAAAGUUGACCUAGAGGACCACCGCCAAUCUUGGAGCCAGAAGGGUUGCACCAUCAUGACAGAUGGUUGGACUGAUAGUAGGAAUAGAACACUCCUAAAUUUUCUUGUUUCCAGCGGAGGAUCCACCAUGUUUUUGAAGUCCAUCGAUGCUUCCUCACAUGUCAAAAAUGCGGCAUACUUAUGUGAGGCUAUUGAGGAAGUUAUAGAUGAGGUGGGGGAAGAAAAUGUGGUGCAAGUGGUGACGGAUAAUGCAGCAAGUUAUGUUGCUGCAAGUAAACUUUAAAAGUUUUCUUUUAAGUUUUAACUUUUAACUUUUUAACGUUUAAAUAUUAAUGGUAAAAUUUCACAUCUAAUUCUUUAACUAAUUUAAAAUUGUUGCAGGAAAACUUUUGAUGGAGAGGCACCCAAAAAUCUUUUGGUCUCCAUGUGCGGCCCAUUGCCUUGACCUCAUGCUGGAGGAUAUAGGUAAGCUUGGAUGGGUGAAAGAAUGCGUUGAAAGGGCCAAGAAUAUAUGCAAAUUUAUUUACAAUCAUGCAUUGGUCCUUAGCAUUAUGAGGCAAUACACGAGGGAAAGGGAGUUGGCUCGUCCUGGUAUAACGAGAUUUGCCUCAAAUUUCCUCACAUUGAAAUCCUUGUUAAAAUCAAAGGCAUCUUUG